AACCUCGCAGUAGGCGAAAUGUUGUGAUGUUUCAAUGUUUUCUUUCUGUGGUGUUUUUCUCUAUUGAUAAAUGCAUUUUUUAUCACUGCAUUUCGCGUUCGUACGGUAGCUGUCGUCAUUUGCCAGAACGCAGGAAACAAAUAGUUAACUAUCGCUCGGUGACACGCGCAAACACGCAAAGCCCCUUAACGGUACAGGUGAUUCAUACAGAGCGCUCCUACGAGUUGGUGUUCCAGGCACGUAACGCACCGUUCUGCCGUGGUCGUCGUGUGUGGAUUGUGGGCGAGUGAAGAAAAUGUGUAAUAGAAUGUGCUGCUGCUGCUGCUGCUGCUGAUCGAUUGAUUACCAACUUCGUCACGACGUAACCGGACGAAGAUUAGUGGCAAUGGAUUCCAGAAAAGAUAUCUACAACCUCUGGGUGCAAUAUACGACGAAAAACGAGGAAACUUACUUCCGCCAGUUCAUCGCAGGGUUUGUCAGUAUAUGGCACUCCCAGCUGCAGCUCGACUUCGAAAACGCCCCCCGGUGGGAUGCGGUUGCACCGGAUUUGGGGCCCCAUUUGAGUCGGCUGCCGGACGAGCUGCUACCAGCGAUAGAAAAGUUUCUGAUUAUCGCAAGAGAUGGUUGUGAAAAUGUUCGGGAAGAGGAUGGUACGCACGAUAGUUCGAUGAGAGAAAAUGUGCUGCUGGUGCAGUGCCUGACCGUAAUUUGUCGUCAUUUCGAAAACAUUUCCGCCGUCAUCAACUCCAGCUACAUCUCGAGCUGUAUCGCUAUAUCCAAUUUUAUUAUGACAAAGCUCGACAAUGAGCAAUCGGUGGACCUGGAAGCGGAUGUGCUGUUCGUAAAGAGUGUGGCCCGCCUGCUGGAAGUGUUGUACGAUCCGUAUCUGACCUGGCGAAGCUAUGUGCGCGGCGAGCACGCCGACUACAGUAGCCUGAACUACAAAAUAUCGCAACUACAGCCGGAAAUAGUGCCAUUUAUAUACGAUUGCUUCCAGAGCGGUAAAGCUACGAAAAACGCGCAUAUCGGUAGGGAGCUAGUCCACAUUCUUGGUGCAGUCAUCGCAGGAUCUCAGGUAGCUUUAGUUAACAUUCCGCUACCUAAUGUCAAUUCGUACUAUUUAAAUAAUCCGGUUGGUGAAGGAAAUGAACAUGUUUCGCAUAAUGGACUGCGUGCCAUAAGUCCUGCAACGGUUACCAUCAUUAUAGAUGUCAUUUGUAGAUGGGAAAGCAAUGCUGAGCUUCGACAGUUGAUGCUCCAUUGCUUUGCACUAAUGGCAGUCAUUCUGCAAAAGUCUAGUCCUGAGCAGCGUCAAAUCGAUUUGUUGACUAUUUUUCAACUGUACAUAGGCUCGGUACGCGACCUGCUGACGACGGAACACUUUUUGACAAAGUCCUCAUCGGUCGGUAGCUUCGAAUUGUCUCACGACGAUGAUAAUUACAUCGACGUCGGUGCGCUCUGCGCUGCGAUCGCAUUUAUCCGCGAGUUUAUACCGGACCACGCCAAUAAGCUCAUCCUGUGCAAUGCUUUGUUCGAGGCAAAGUUUCUCGCCAAUCUGGUGCAGAUUCCGGAGCAAGUGAAGAAAUGGAACAUUGAUCAUCAAACGCUGGGUACGGUGCUGGUGGAAACGCUGCAGAAGCUGUGCUAUAAUUCGGAAAAAAUGCAAUACAACCUGAUGCACACAAAUUACAUCAAUGUGCUGUUUGAUGGCUUGCGAGCUUUUGGCAAACCAUCGUCCAGCUUGAUCGGCCAGUGUUUGGGCUUUGCGUUUGACGAGCAAGACACACGGCAGGUGAAUCCGAUCGUCGUCACGAAGCUAAUCGAAUGGAUACCACUGAUGGGAGAGGCGGAACAGAACAUGCUAAGCGAAGUGCUGUUGAAGAAAUGCUCGUGCACUAUGCAAAGCAAGCAGCACGUUUGCAGCCAGAAAACGAUCAAACGCAUCGUGGAUGUUUGCUUAACCGCUUCCCAGCGACUAUCCUCCAAAUGUGCAAUUAACCUGCUGAAACUGAUCGAAGAACUAGCCAAGUACAGCAUCUACCCGGCGGAGGUGAACAGUCUCUUCCGCCUGUUGCGCCCCGAAACGCAGUUCGAGUAUCGGAAGCUGCUGCUCGAAACACUGCUACGAAUAACGCAUCACCGCAGUACGGUCGGUGUGAUACCGGACAGCUUUCUCGACAUUCAAACCAACACCAGCGGCAUUACCAUACCGGAAAUCCGGAAAUGGGAAACGACGCACGGGUUUGUGUUUCACGCCUGGUUGCGUUUGGAGGAGGAACACUCCAUAGCGCAAAACUAUCGGCGCCAGCUGUUUAGCCUGACCACCAACUACGGUACGGGGUAUGAGUUUUUCAUCCAGAAAAAUGGCAACUUUGUGGUGAGCGUGAUCACGAAGAAGGAGUUUUUCACAGCGACCGUACAGUCGCCCCAGCUGCUCGAUGGCCGAUGGCACUCGGUGACGGUUAGUGUGGUACCGCCGAAGCGUUUGUUCUCGUACCACCAGAUCAACGUGUACAUCGAUUCCGUGCAAAAGCUUGGCUCGACCAUGAAGUACGCAUCGUUUGCGGAAGUGUUUUACUACUGUUCGAUCGGUGCACCGUACAAUAAUUUUCGCAAAGUGUCACACACCUCCCACCAGUCAAACUCCGCUCGCAUGAGCCCUGUGCCGGCCGAUCUGACUGCUGCAUCGCCGAGCGGUGAGAAGGAAGAGAAAGGUAAAUCGUCUGGCCUUUUUCCGAACCUGAUCGAGCGUACGUUCUUCCCCGGGCUGGUGUCACAAGUACCGAACUAUUUUACGCUACCGAGCAAAUCGACGUCCUCGCUAGAUCCGAGCGUUAAAUCGUACCCGAUCGGUAUGCAGGAUCUUGUGUUCGGGGAAGCGAUCUGUCUGAAGGGACAGCUCGGUGCGGUACUGCUAGCGGAUACGAACGUAAACCUCAAGAGCUUGUUCGAGGCCGGUCCGAAUGUGGCCAAUGUGCUGGCGACGGAUAUGAUUGAAUCGUUCGAUAUGGCGUCCAAGUUUGUGUUUUGUUUCGCGCCCAAUGCAUGCUUCGACGGGUUGUGUUUGGAUCUGGCACCCGGGAAUCAGUACAAUGGUCAUCUGGUGGCUAGCGUUGCGAACACGCUUUCACUCCAGAACGCUCUCAACGGUAUCGGAGGCAUGGUGGCUUUGCUACCGAUCGUUGACAGCAUAUCGCUGAUGCCGGACUCGGAUAUCCCGUCGACAAACGAGUUGAUUUCGCUCAGCCCGGUAGAAUCACCGCUCAAGGAGGAACACUUUGGCGAUUGGGAAAUGUUGCAGCUCAACUCGCUGACCGAGGCGAAAAUAAUUCAAAAUCCAAUAGCUUGUUUCCUGUGCCUGAUACGCAACUUUAUCGGUGGUAGCGAGCUGAACAAGGAGAACAUGCUGAAGAAUGAUGCGAUUGCCAUAAUGAGUGCACUGCUGCAGAAGUGCAACGAACGGCUGUUCGACGUGAAUGUGCUGAUGGCUGUGCAGUUACUGAUCGAGUCGAUACAGAAUGAAAUGCCGUCGGGCAACAUGGAGCUGCUGCACGUGCUGCAUCGGGAUUUGGUGUUUAACUUUCGCAUCUGGGCGAAAGCACAGUUUCAGAUUGUGAUCGGACAUGUGCAAUACAUAAGCACGAUUAUCAAAGACGAUCGGAAGUACUUUCGGCGCCACUUUGGCAUACAGUUUGUGCUGGACGUUAUACAUGAGCAUUUCACGCACAGCACCAACCUUCCGGCGCAGGAUGCAAAGAUGGUGCGGGAAUCGCUGCUGAGGAUCGUCAAGUACUACAUACAGAAAGAGGUCAACAUCAAGGAGAUAUCGGCGGUGCUGACAUUCCUCACUACAACGAAGCACGAGUCAACGGUUGGUGAGAUUAUCGACAUGCUCAUCCUGCUGAUUGAAGGCAAACAUGUGAAGGAUCAAAUAUUCUUACUCAUGUACGAGCCACACAUGGCCGAAGCCAUGUACACGCUGUUCAUUGAUCGCCAUUUUGGUAGCGAGGUGCAUACGAAGCUAAUCAAGUUCAUUACCGGCAUGCUGUGCACCAAGCGAAUAUCCGCCAAACACAAGGCAGCACUGCGGCUCUACGACACAACGAUCGAAUGCCACAGUCUCUAUCCGGGACUGUUCUCUUUCAUGCUUCCGUUCCAACUGGAACCACACGUCAUCCUCGGCCUGUUGGAUCUUAACCUAAGCUCCGACACCGAAAUGGGUUAUGCCGGAGCACUGUGCCUCAUGUACCAUUCCAACCUGUCGGAACUGUCGCUAAAGCUGGAGAUAGCGCGCCGCCUAAUGACGAGCACGUUCACGAAACCGAAAGCCCCACAGAUGAUAGCGAAACAGGUCGGCUGGCAAGAGUCCAUCGCACGGCUGCUGAUAAAGAAACCGGUGGAAAAUCGUCCGGAAGAGGAAGGAUCCGAAAAAGAGAAGCAAAAUUUGCUCACCGACAUGGACGAGGUUGUGAAGCGUGAAAGUGAGUCGUCGGUUACCGGGGCAGGUGCCGAUGAUUUGAUUGUGUUUGAUGAGGAUAAUCUGGAGCUGCACGUACAGGAGGGAGGUAGCAAGCAACCGAACUCGUUCAUGUCCGAAGCGGCUACAGCAAUCGAGCAUGAAAUCAAGGAACUGGCCGACACCGUGCAAGAAGCGGUAGUGGACAACAUUGCCUCAUCGAUCACGUCGGUUUACUCGGUCAUACGGCAGAAAACGUCGGACAUACAGGAUACGAUCGGUUCGCUAACGCUCAGCUUCGAAGAGUCAGCUGGACGGAAGAAGAAAUCCUCCCUGAGCAGUAGCAGCGAGGAGAAUGUGUCGCUCGACGAGUCAGGCUCGCUGGCCGGUACCGCCUCGAUGGUGGUGGAGGAUCUACAAUCGACAAAGAGUGCGGAAGAGUUGGACAGCAGUGCUGGGAAUAGCGUUGACUCUACCAGCGAAAAGUACGCCGACGAUAAUGAGGAAGAAAAUCUCGUUUGCCUUGUGUCGAGCAGCUUGUUUACCAUUUUGUGGCGCGGUGUGGAAAACUCCAACGAUUCGUGGCAGGAACGUGGUCAGGUGAUGGCAUGCAUCAACCUGAUCGCGCUGAACAACGAACUGUACUGUUCCCAUCUGGCGCUACGCUUACGCAUACUGGAGAUGGGUGUACAGGCAGCGUUGAUGGAUCUGGCGGAAAAUGCCCACCUUGCACUGAUCCACCAGCAAAACGCUGCCCAACUGCUGCGGCUCGCGUACGACCUGGUCGUGCUGGAUCCGAACGAGGACGAUUCGAAGAAGUGUUCGGUGAAGCUGCUCGACGGUGUUCUGUCGCUGCUCGACAUACUGAUGGUAUUUCAGCAAAGCAGCAGUGACGAUUGGUCCGAAAUGUCGCACCUUUGUUUGGGGCUGCUGUUAAAGUGUUCACACAGUGCAAACUCGGAGAUAGUGGCAAUGGCUACGGCGAAGCUGCAUGCGCUGUUGCAAAACCGCAUCAAUCAAGAUCCGGCCGAAAUCGGCUACCUAAUGUACAGUCUCAAUCAAGCGAUGAGCAAUGCGAUAGAGGUGGACAAUUCGGAACAGUACUCGUUCCUCAUACCGGUGAUGAAGGCGCUGCUGGAGAAAUCGCGCACGGUGCUUGGGUUGGCCACACACACGCCGGAUCUACCGGCGACAUCGUCGGGUCCUAUCUUCUUUCAGGACUUCCAAACGUACUGUGCUAGUCGGCAGUGGACAACGUUCAUCGAUAAGAAGAUAAAACCACUGUACACAUCGUAUCAGAAGGAUCUGUCCAACACGCUGUGGGAACCGUUAAAUACGUUUUGGGCCGAAUGCUAUGAAUCGUGCAAGCUAUCAUCUCAGCGCAGAGCCAAACUGCAGAUGGAAAGUCGUCGGAAAUUUCAGGAACGAAUACUUGUACCGUGCAGAAUACGUCAAUCGGAGGAGAAUGCGCGGCUCACCAUACAGCAAACCCAGCGCAAAGCAAAAGACGCAAAUACCGAUCGCCGGUGGCUCAAUCUUCAGCGAUUUCUUUACGGGCCCAAGGGUGCCUGGACCAAAGAAAAUCGAGAGGGUGAAUAUUGGCGGCUAUCUCAUCAUGAAAAUGUUGCCCGCAUGCGGUUGAAGCUGGAGCCGGACCUUUACCACGAUCCACACAUAGCCGCGGCCAAUAUGCGUGAUAACACCACGUCCACCUCCCAGAGCCGACGGCUGUCGUCCGAGUUUGGAUCAACUUUCGCCCCGGCCGCCAUAGGAGAGGAGAAUGCCGAUGAGGAGAUGCUUCUGUUGGAGGAGGAGAUGAGGAACAGCGUGGAACCGCAAGUCCCGGAAACGUCCGGAAAGGAGAAAAUUGUCAUUUCCCAAGAGUGUGAACUGAUCACACUGAUGACACGCGUAAAGGGCCGGUUCGAUCUGACGACGAGCCAGAUCAUGUUUACUGAAAUUGCCUCCCUGAAGGACGACGGUCAGCGGCACGAUUUCAAAUUCCCGAUCGGUCAGUUGCGCGAACUGCACUUGCGAAAGUUUAAUCUACGCCGCAGCGCGCUCGAGAUGUUUCUGAUCGAUCAAACGAGCUACUUCCUUAACUUCACGACACGGACCCGCAAUAAAAUAUUCACCAAAAUCCUCAGCCUACAGCCACCGAACAUUCUGUACGGUUCGGGGCGUUCGCCGGCCGAACUGUUGAAGUCGUCCGGUUUGACACAGAAAUGGGCGAACCGGGAGAUAUCGAACUUUGAGUAUCUGAUGCAUUUGAACACGAUAGCCGGCCGGUCAUACAACGACCUCAGCCAGUACCCGGUGUUUCCCUGGAUAUUGGCCGACUACACGAGCGAAGUGCUUGACCUAAACGAUCCCAAAUCGUUCCGCGACCUCAGCAAACCCAUCGGGGUAGUGAACACGAAGAACGAGGCAGAAGUAAGAAGCAAAUUCGACGGAUUCGAGGAUCCGUCCGGGAUGAUACCGAAAUUCCACUACGGUACCCACUACUCCAACUCGGCCGGUGUGCUACAUUAUCUUAUCCGCGUCGAGCCGUUUACCUCACUGCACAUCGAGCUACAGAGUGGCCGGUUUGACGUGGCCGAUCGUCAGUUCCACUCGAUCCCACAAACCUGGAAACUGCUGAUGGACAACCCGAACGACGUUAAGGAGCUGAUACCGGAGUUCUUUUACUUCCCCGAGUUUUUGAAAAACAUGAAUCGAUUCGAUUUGGGUGUGCUGCAGAUGACGAAGGAAAAGGUGGACGAUGUGGUGUUACCGGCCUGGGCUAAAACGGCCGAAGACUUCAUCGCCAUUCAUCGGAGGGCGCUGGAAUCGGAGUACGUUUCGCAGCAUUUGCAUCACUGGAUUGAUCUCAUCUUCGGCUACAGACAGAAGGGUCCGAAAGCGGUCGAGGCGCUGAACGUGUUCUACUACUGCUCGUACGAAGGUGCAGUAGAUCUGGACAAAAUAGCAAACCCAGUCGAACGCGAAGCCGUCGAAGGCAUGAUUAACAACUUCGGACAGACACCGUCGCAGCUGUUACGGGAUCCGCAUCCUCGACGAUUGUCAUUGGACGAGCUUACGAUCCGACUGCUAAAGCUGGAGCUAAAGCGACCGGAUCUUACCCUCAUUCUGGAUCGCGUUCAAUGUACCGCCUGCGAGCUAUCCACCGACAAGGAUCCGGUCGUUUAUCUGAGCACACCGAAGAGUCCUCCGAGAUCGUUUCUGCAGACCAGCCCGGAUAUGCUGAUCACGGUGACAAAGUCAGGUAUUUUGGGUUGCCACAGUUGGAUGUCGUUUGACAAGGAGCGAGGAUUUCUGCUCGAAAUAGAUGCCACCACGCUGAACCUGAAAAAUCGUAAAAAGUUGAUCGGUCCCUUUCAUCCUUCGGUAACAUUGAGUUCGAAACUGUUCGCAGUCAGUGUGGAUGCGAAAUAUAUUUACGCCGGAGGCAUUUGGGACAACUCUGUGCGUGUUUUUAACUUGGCGCGCGGGAAAGUAGUAGCAUCAGCGAUAAAUCAUUUCGAUGUGGUGACUUGCAUUGCAAUGGACAACUGCGGUUCGUAUCUGGUGACUGGUUCUAAAGACUGCACCUGUGUGAUUUGGUCGCUUAGCACGAGUAGCAGCGUCGGCCAACCGACAGGAUCCAAUUUGCAACCCAACACAGCUGCGCUGAAUCAGAACCUGGCCGGAAAUGUGGUGGGAAGUGCAAAUGUUGUACAUCUAACCAACAACCUCACUCCAAAACCGGUACACACGCUGUACGGACAUGAUGAAGCCGUGUCUUGUGUGGCCAUCAUGACCGAACUGGACAUUGUAGUUUCCGGCUCGUUGGACGGUACUGUCAAUGUGCAUACCAUUAAGAAUGGACAAUUCAUCAGGACAAUAAAUCCAAUCGGUUGUACGGGUUGUAAGAUUGAAAUAUCUUACAUCACUCUAUCCUAUCAAGGUCAUAUCGCCUUCUCGGCACUCGACGACACCUCCCAUUCAGUGCACGUGUUCAGCAUCAAUGGAGUCAGCCUCGGUUCGAAAUAUGUGUCCGGUCGUGUGACCGGGUUGGCCUCAGCAUCCGACUAUCUCGUGGUUUCGGACGAUGCUGGUGAUGUGACUAUGAGUCGCCUGUAUGGACUUAAACCAAUCUUCGACAUUCCUCUGCACGUCCCCACACAAACAGUUGUCGGAACAGGUGGUAACACGCAUCUGUUGGCGCCUUUACGAGACGGGAGCCUAGGUGUGAUCGGAAUACAGCAACCAAUCGUCUAUAAAAAGCAUACCGUGCUAAACGUCUAAUAAUCUUCCAUGGCUGGUCUAAUAGUCAGCAUUUUAAAGUUAGUUUCAUCAACGCACAGUCAGUAUUCCUCCAAAUGUAGAGAUUUAAUUGAAACUAUGCAGAACGGUGUUCUCAUUUAGAAUCUUUCGUUACAAUGGUGUUGAGUCAAAUGGUGGUGUACUUACAGCGAACCUUUGUUAAGUUUUUAAUUUGUUUUAAUUCGCUCUCCACCACUUCUGCUAGUAAACACCGCAUAUUUCUCCAGAAAACCGAAAACUUCUUCCCGUCCUUCCAGACAGCUUCUUGACGAAGAAAUCAAAAACGAUACUACGAAAAGAACCCUUUUAAUAACGAAGCAUGAAAGAUUUAUAAAAUAAUAUAUACUGUCAAUGUUGAAUAUGUUGUUAUAGUUGAAUGUGGAGUGAAAGUAUUGUUUUAACAUUGUAAACUAAACUCGUAGCAUCAAAGUAAAAUGAUACACACAGUGAAAUAAAAUACAGAAAUGACGUUGAACUAGAGCAACAACGGUCAGUAGUGUGUAGUACAAAAACGUUGAAGCGUGGUACUACAAGUGUUUGCUAAACAAAAAAGCCGUGGUUUAUGUUUUCUGUUUCCCUAAAUUACUAGAAAUUUUGUUGCAGUUAGGUUCCAAGUAUGAAAUUAACAUUCCACUGGUUUUAAAUAUAACUUUGUUUCACAAUUAUUAUUUUUUUAGAUACACUUGGCACUUCUAUCACAAGUUCAAAGAAUAAACUACAGCUUCCUGAAA